CAGGAGUUCUGCUUCCCAUGACGCAGUGUCACCUGGGAUAUUUCUGUUAAAACUGAAAGUAAGAGAAGUGGGGUGCCAUCCCCUGGAGGACUGUGGGUGUGGGGCAAGGAGAGUUUGGGUGCCAUCCCCAAGUGACAAACGGGUGGACUUUUCUUCUGAAAGGAGGAGACACCUCAAACCUAAGACUGUGUGUGAAGCAAGCAUAAGACAGGAAAAACAGGCAAAAACCAAAGGGGAAGAUCAAAAUCGAAAGAAAGGAACAGACUGUGACAGACGGGCCACUUCUCCAGCUACUCACCCAAGUCAGAAGCAAAAUGUCUCUAAAGCUGCCCAGGAACUGGGAUUUCAACCUAAAAGCGGAGGCUACAAAGAUAGCUCGGUCCAGGAGCGUGAUGACUGGAGAGCAGAUGGCGAACUUUCACUCAUCAUCCACUCUCAACCCUCUGGAAAGGCCCAUCAAGAUGGGUUGGCUGAAGAAGCAGCGGUCCAUAGUGAAAAACUGGCAGCAGCGGUACUUUGUGUUGAAGGCGCAGCAGCUUUACUAUUACAAGGACGAAGAGGACUCAAAGCCGCAGGGCUGUAUGUAUCUACCAGGAAGUACCAUCAAAGAGAUUGCUACAAAUCCAGAAGAAGCAGGGAAGUUUGUCUUUGAAGUCACUCCAGCUUUAUGGGACCUGAAUCGCACAGCACAAGACUCCUAUAUCCUCAUGGCCAGCUCCCAGGCAGAGAUGGAGGAGUGGGUUAAAUUCCUCAGAAGAGUUGCUGGCACACCAUCUGGAGCCGUGUUUGGCCAGCGCUUGGAUGAGACUGUAGCCUAUGAACAGAAGUUCGGCUCCCAUCUGGUACCCAUCCUGGUGGAGAAGUGUGUGGAGUUCAUCCUCGAGCAUGGCAUGAAUGAAGAGGGCAUCUUUCGCCUGCCUGGGCAGGACAACCUGGUGAAGCAGCUGAGAGAUGCUUUUGACGCUGGGGAACGGCCAUCUUUUGACAGAGACACAGAUGUGCACACCGUAGCCUCUCUAUUAAAGCUCUACCUCCGAGACCUUCCAGAGCCUGUGGUUCCCUGGAGCCAGUAUGAAGGGUUCCUGCUCUGUGGGCAGCUCAUGAACGCAGAUGAGGCCAAGGCUCAGCAGGAGUUGACAAAGCAGCUCUCCAUCCUUCCUCGGGACAACUACAGCCUCCUGAGCUACAUCUGCCGGUUUCUACAUGAAAUUCAGCUAAACUGUGCUGUUAACAAGAUGAGUGUGGACAACCUGGCUACUGUAAUUGGUGUGAAUCUCAUCAGGUCAAAGGUUGAAGACCCUGCUGUGAUCAUGAGAGGGACUCCUCAGAUCCAAAGAGUGAUGACCAUGAUGAUCAGAGACCAUGAAGUCCUCUUCCCCAAGUCCAAAGACACACCCCUGUCACCCCCUGCUCAGAAAAAUGACCCCAAGAAACCUCCAGUGCCCCGAAGUUCCGUGGGCUGGGAUGCCACUGAAGAGCCUUCCAUGUCUAGGACAGACAGCUUCAGUAACGUGACAAGUGACUCAGAUGCCACCAGCCCCAUAGCAUCACAGCCAAAUGACAGGCAUCAGGAUGACAGCAGCAAAGUCCCCGGAGAAAAGCCAGGAGAUUGGAAGGUGCAAUCUCGAAAAAGGACUCAAACACUCCCUAACAGGAAAUGUUUCUUGACAUCAGCUUUUCCGAGUACCAACAGCAACAAAGUGGAGAUCUUUAAAAAUGAAUUUUGGUCACCUUCAUCAAAGGCUAAGGUAGGAGAAGGGCACAGGAGAACCAUGUCUCAAGACUUACGCCAUCUUUCUGACUCCCAGCGGACUUCAACCUAUGAUAAUGUCCCUACCCUGCCAGGGUCCCAUGGGGAUGGAGUGGGUACACUCUCUUCCCCUACCUCUGACUUCAAGAGAGAUGCUCUUGCCAGCACAAACUCUGAAACAGGGCCUGAAGGAAAGAACUCUGCAGAAGAGGAACUUGAUUCUUUGCAGAAGAUGGUCCAGGACCUACGGAAGCAAAUAGAAACACAGAAGAAAACAUAUGAGGAACAGAUUAAAAAUCUUGAGAAGGAAAAUUAUGAUGUCUGGGCUAAAGUGGUAAGGCUCAAUGAAGAGUUGGAGAAGGAAAAGAAGAAGUUCGGAGCUCUGGAAAUUAGCCUUCGGAAUGUGGAACGCUCCCGGGAGGAUGUGGAGAGGAGGAACAAGGUUUUGGAAGAUGAAGUCAAAGAAUUUGUCAAAUCAAUGAAGGAGCCCAAGACUGAUCCUUGAGGGUCCUAGAAAUACCACAAGGGCAACCCAAGAAAAGCUUGACUCUGCUCCUUUUCUCAGUGGUGUGUAACAACUGGAAAGGUAAUUUAACUCCCUAAGAGGGAAAGGACAUUUUAGGGGAAAUGUCACAUUGCCCAAUAAGUAAAUCAAUGGAGUUUGCAGAGGGAUGAGGAUGAGGGGAAAUACAUCUGCACACCUAUGACCACUUGUCACUGAACUCAAAGGAAUUGUAUUAUUCCUCUGUGUCCUUGGGAAGAGUGAAUGAAACCUUCCAUGGUGGAUAACUAGUUCCAACAGAGAUGUAUGAGACAGGUGAUAUCUCAGGACCCAGGCAGAAAGCUGGCCCAAACUUGAACCUGGGCAGAGACAUUAGUUCUUUGUUUCUGAAUAGAAUGACUCACUCAGUCAGAUGGCCUUAGGCAUCUGAGGCAUGGGGCAGAAAAUGGUAUUCAGUUCUCCAAAGCUCAUCCAGGAGGACUAUGAUUGGGAGGCUCCACCCGCUGGUGUGGGAACCCCAUUCUGCCAUCCUCGUCACAAUGCACAUUCGUCAUUCUCCAGGGGUUCUCAGACAUAAUAUUAGAUUAAUACAAAGCAAGCAAUAAACUGUAUUUAUAAAAGCAAAAUUGAAGACACAAUUCUAUUCAAAUAAAGUAAUCUUAAAAACAAAAAAGAAAGAGCAAGCCUCUUGCUAAUUCAUACAACACCUUUGUAAGAUUUAGUAAAUGACAUCCUUUCCUCAGAGCAGGUAUACCUGUCUGAGGGGCAUGUGGCUGGGUGACCAGGACGUGGGCUAUAUUCAAGUCCCCACUUGCCUUUCAGUGGCCUCAACUGUGUGUGGAGGGCCCAAGAACAAAGGCUUCCUACUAUGUUGUGACCUCCUUAGAGACUUGUGAGUUUACGUAUUGAAAGUUAUGAGAAUAAUAUUUUUUCCAUUUGCCAAAAUGCAAGUGAUUUCACCUUAUAAAGCUACAUUGGGCACUAGACAACAUCUGGGAGAUGAGUUUUCCCAGAAGAUGGCUGACUAUUCCUCUUCUAGGUCAAACCAUCUUCGCAUUGGCCCCCUGGUCAGGCCUCAGAACCCCAGGAAGGUUAGUCUAGUUAGGUGAUCUCUAGGUAAUUUUUGACUUUUAAGUACCUUCAGUAGAAAAUGUAGGCAUAUUUAUUUAUUCAUGAUUUACAGUCAGCCCUCUGUAUUUGUGGGAUCUUCAUCUGUGGAUUCAACAAACUUCAGAUAAAAACUGUUUGGGGGAAUAUUGCAUCUGUACUGAAUGUGUGCAGACUUUUUUCUUGUCCUGAUUCCCUAAACAAUAUAACAACUAUUUACAUAGCAUUUACUAUGUAUUAAAUAUUAUGAGUAAUCUAGAGAUGACUUAAAGUAUACAGGAAGGAGGUGUGUGUAGGUUAUAUACCACUUUUUAUGAGGAACUUGAGUGUCCAAAAAGUUUAGUGUCUGUAUGAGAUUCUGGAAUUACUCUUCCACAGAUAUUUGAGGGAUAACUAUACAUAUGUACUACUGUAUUGCUACAUUAUGUAUCUUAUAAAACACACAUAAUCUGAAUAAUGAUGAAAUUAAAAACAAGAUGCAUAGAUGUUCUCUAAUAGUCUUUCAACUCUGGAGGUCACCAGCCCAGUUGCCCUACAGGUAUUAUCUGCACCAGUUUUGUAUCUUUUGUCCCAUUGCUCCUAUAAACUUACUUGAACUGUAGAAACCACAUGGCUAAAUUGGUGGUUUCCAAUCUGAAUCACCACAAUAAGAGUUUAGUCCUUCCCAGCACAUAUGCCUCCUCUGUUAUUACCUUUUCCCUGUUUUCUUCAUCUGAUUAAUCUUCCCUGCCUUUGACCUUGACUUAUUACCCACAGAGUGAAACAUACAAUCAGGAGUGUCAGUAUUUCUUACUCCUGGUGCUCAGACCCUGAUCCACCAUCCCCAGCCCUUUGAGAACCAUUUUGCUGGAGAGGGGUAUGGCACAGAGCAUCCUCCGAGAGGCCGACUUAUAGAAGGUAGUGGUGGUGGGGUGAGGGGGAGAUUUGGGGCAUUAUUAGGAAAAUCAAUAAAAUAUUUGAUUACUGCAAUCUACUUAAUUACAGUCACAAACAUGACACCCUUUAUUGGACACCUGUUUUGUUUUGUUUUGUUUUGUUUUUGAGACGGGGCCUCACUAUGUAGUUCAGGCUGGCCUUGAGCGCACUAUAUAGCGCUGGCUAACUCAUGGCAUUCCUCUUGCCUCCACGUCCUGAGUGCUGGGAUUUCAGGUGUGCACCAUCAUGCCUGGCUUAUUGGACACCUAACUUUAGUUGAUGAGUAGCUGCAGUUCUGCCAGCAUAUGUCCCUAUCUUCUCCCACAGAUGUCUCACAGACUCAUUAGGCACUAAACCAGAGUCGAGUAUGGAAGUGGUCAGCAUCACAGCUCCACAAAGAACAUAUGUCUGACAGUGCAAAGAGGAGGCCCUGAAGUGUGUUUUGAAGCCAAUAUUCUAGGACCUUGCUAGGCUUGGCAGCUAGGGCUCAGGCCUAGUGCCACCUUUGAAUCCCAACUCUCCUGGUCUGAGAAUGCUUCUAGCUCUAUCCCUUCCAUUAGUGAUGUGAGAAGCAGAGCAGCCCUUCCAGCUUCAGAACACUGGGCAAUCAAGGAAAGAAUCUGGCUUUCUUAAGGUGCCAUUCUUUGGUCAUAUGCCACCCUCCACAAAACACAAACACAGGGUUCUUCCAGGACUGUUGAUCCUUUUGACUCCAAAGGGACCCAGGGAACAUCAGGAGUCUGAUGCCACUGUACUCAGUGCCUCAAAAGGAUAAGCAUGAGAUGCAUGGCAGGGUCACUCUAGGCCUUGCCUGAGCCGAGGUCCAGUUUCUGGUAGGAGGUACUGUAGAUUGAUCUAUGUCAGGUGUUCUGUUGGACCCAGGAACUCGCAUUUUUAUUUUCUAAACCACUGGAUGGACAGGACUGCACGAAAUCUGUCUCCCUUGCCCCUUUCCACCUUCUCCUGCUGUGCCCACUCACGUACUAAAAACACACAAAGGCCUCCAACAUGUACUUUAACUCCUUGCCCUCUUCCCUGAAACACUUCUUUUCCCUCGAAGUCUUGAAGAUGGCACAUAUCAGGACUCAUUUCUCUGAAGUGUAAGGCAGAAUUGGUGCCUUUCCAGUGUGCUUAUGUAAUGUAUGAGAAAAAUUUAUACCAGGGAAUCGUCUGGGAUGAUUCCCUCUAAGUAGAUUUUUGAGGCCCAAAGAGACCAAGUGUGGCAUUGCAGCACAGAGCCUGCUGCAUAGGAUGUAAGCAAUAAACAUUAUUGUUGUUUCUUUGGACCAACUUCCUUAAGCUCUGCUCAGAAAAGCAAGAAGCAGGAAACUCCAAAGCAGCCAAAGACUACUGAAAGGGACAGGACAAGGAGUGCACAACAACUGCUGGCUGGGCUCCACAGGCUGGGAACGGGAAGAUGUGUGCACAUUGACAUCGAGUAAACUUCCACAUUUCACCACUUCCUGUGCAGAUACCAGCAGGGAGCAAUCCAUGUGCUUGCUGGAGAGAAGAGAGAACAGUCCUGCAAUUAAAACAGGCUGUCUUUACAAGAAUCAUAUGGAAGCCUUCAUCCUGCCUGAGGAAGCGGGGAAGAGGGAGGCCCGAGAAUGAAACUGCAGCUGCAUUAGCCCAGGUCACAUUUGCUCAGUAGAAGAAAGAACUGGAGCUGCAGGGCUUGUGGCUCAGAAGAUUUUCCAGGGUAAACUCAGAUAAAGAAUGAACAGAAUACCCACAAGGAUGUGUAAUGAUUCUAUUUUCUCUGAUACUGUCUUAGAAUCAUAGGACGAUAGAACUGGAAGAAAUUUUGAAUGUAUGUAAUCCAAACUGUUUAUUUAACAGACAGGCAAAUUGAGGCCUCAAGACAUAAACUGAAUAGCUAGUGUUCCCACAGCAAUAAGAAAGAAGACUAAAGGAGAUGAUUUUCAAAGGGUCCUCUAGCUCACCAAUCAAAGAUUCUUGUGAUUCUUAGCUUCUUUCCAAGGGUUCUUUCUCCAAAAUUGCAGCCAAACUGCAACUUUGACUCACAAUCAAGACCUGCCUAAGAAAAUGCCAUUGUUUCACUUGCUUUCUAUUACUGAUAUUGCUCUAAAACAGUGGCUCUCAGUCUUGGCUACAUGGUAGAAUCACUUUAGGACCUUAAACAAAAUUCUGAUGCUCAUAUUCUACCCCGCAUCAACUGAAUCAGAAUCUUUUCAGGUGGGCCCUAAGAAUUGAUGUUUUUUAAAAAUUUCACUUGAUACUAAUGCACAACCAGGAUUGUUAAACACUGUUCUAAAACUAUGAAGUUUGGCUCUCAUCAUGACUAGUGAUUAUAUUAAUCUACCAGCUUCCUUCCAAUAAAACAAUUUUAUUCUCUGGU